AUGAAGAAUAUUUUGCGCACUCGCAUAGUUACCUUGGGUGUUUGUUCAUUUAUUCUUUUUUCUAUAAUACCUAGGAUAGAUCUAAAGAAUAUUGAUAGAAUUAAUGUGUUUAGUAUUUUAUGUCUGGCAUACUGGAUUGGCACAAAAUAUUACAAAUCUGCAACUAUUCUGUACUUUAUUCUAAACUCAUCUGAUGUUGUUUUUAUGUUGGAGAGUGGUCGGAUGGUUCUGUUUUAUAGUUUGGUGUAUUUUAGUGAGGCUCCUGUUUUAUCUGAUCUCUCGUAUGGCAGAUCUAUCUGUAGAAGUAUUAGAACUAAAAAUUUAUUUCCAUUGGCUGUAUCCGUUAUUGCAGGAGUUUCUCUUGCCAUUUGGAGAGUAGCAAUUUCCGAGAGUGGUUCUAUUUCCGAGAGCACUCCUUUGCGCUCCUCUGAAAGUAUUCACAUGCAAUCUCAAAAAGUUUAUCUUUCCAGCAUGGAUAGUCACUCUAUUAGAAACAAUGAGAAUUUUGGCGAUAAUGGCACAGUAGUAUUUGGAACAAAAAAAGUAUCUGAGCAGACAGAGUGGAAAAUAGUUCUUGAGGGACUUGAAGGAAAUCCUCCUCCACCUGCUGUGAUUACUAGUGGUUCUGUGGUCUAUCUACAGAAUUUAUACACAAAAGAGUAUCUUUAUGUGUUUUGUCUGCCUUCUUCUGGCGUAGCCAGCGGUAAGCAGAAGAUAUUAAGUACUUUGCAAAUAACAGAUCUAAACCAAUUUAUAAUUCUAAACACAGUAGAAGAUACAUCUAAAACUGCACCAAUAUACAGAGAUGGAUCAUUUUAUCUGAAGCAUGUGAGUAGUGGUGUGUUUGUUCGGGUUUGCAAGAAAGUAACGCAAAAAGAUCUUAAACAUUUAGUAGAUGCGUAUGAAAUAUGUGGAGAAGCUCUGGAAGCAAAAAAAUCCAUCAUGGACAAACGGUUUCUGUGGUCAGGCCGAAAAAAUGCUGGGCAUAAAGAAGCCUUUACAAGAAAGAUUACAAGAAUACUAUUGAAAACAUAUAAAGAAGAGCUAAAAAAAAUUAAGAGUCUGUUUUCUAUAAAUGAAGCUGCAAAGAAAGAAAGAGAAACUUUUGAACAGAUUCGUGCUGGUCUAUACAACAAUUAUAACUUAGUUGUAUAUUUAGCGCUGUUUAUGGUUUCUGCUGUGCGUGGCCUACUUGGUAUGGAGGUUAUUUGGGAGCAGGUUAUGUCUUGCUUAAUUGAUAUCUUACUUUGCUUAAUAUUCAAGAAGACAAAUACAAAAGAGAUUGUAUAUGCAAGUAGUGUGGUUGGCAUUCAGCAUGGCCUAAAACUGCAUAAAUUAAUUUCUGAAAUCCUUUCAAAAACACGCUCUAAACUGAAGAAACAGUAAGAUUGGAGGUUUCUUAAUUUUUAAGAUAUCCACUUUUAUAAUCUUUGUGAUGUUUCUGUCUGUUUUCUAGAUUGAUAGUCUUGGAGUACUUUAAAUAUUCUGACACGUCUUGAUCUAUUCUUGCUA